CUGGAAGCCCCACAGACUGGCCGUGUCCCUGUCCCCUCGCAGAUGGCCGUGCUGGAGAUCCAGACCAACGGGGACACGCGGGUGUCAGAGGAGGCGAUCGCGCGGGCGCGGCACUCCCUGGAUGACCCCAACAUGAGGGAGUUCAUCCUGUCCUGCCUGACCCUGAACCCCGACCGGCGCCCCAGCGCCAACAGCCUCCUGUUCCACCGCGUGCUCUUCGAGGUGCACUCGCUGAAGCUGCUGGCAGCCCACUGCUUCAUCAACCACCAGUAUCUGAUGCCAGAGAACGUGGUGGAAGAGAAGAUCAAGGAGCUGGACCUGAACAUGGUGAUGGCCGAGAUCCGCAGGGAGGGCCGGCCCGGGGCGCAGUGGAGGAACGGGAUUUACCCCCUGAUGAACUUCGCGGUCUCCCGGCCCCACGCCCUGCCCCGCGCCCUGUCCCAGCCCCCCGAGGACCCCCAGAAAGCCAAGACCCCCACGCCAGAGCCCUUUGAUGUGGAGACCAGGAAGGUGGUACAGAUGCAGUGCAACAUGGAGCUGAACGAGGACAAGAGCCAGUGGCACGUGAGUGCCUGG